GUCUAAUGCAGUGGGACCAUCAAAUUCUUCUGCAAAAACAAGUUGCAUGUUCUAUAAAAUGAUACUUGCUUCCAUUCUUCAACACCAAAAGCUGGUAUAUGUGUACAUACCCUUUGUUUUACUCCAUUAAUUUUUGUUUGGUUACUGAGAAAAUGAUGACUGAUGUUUGUUAAUUUCCUUAACUAUAUGCUUACUAUGAAAAUGAUCAUGAAUUUAUUUGGUUUGUAAAGAUUGCUUCUUUUUUUUUCAUGUCAUGUGUAAAAGUAGAUAGAAAAUAAAUUGUUUGCAUGGCUGGUGAAAAAUUAGGAAAUGUCUCUGUUUUUACUGUUAUGAUAAUAUGAUUCUGAGUAAUUUUACUUGAUCAAAUUGAAUAUUAUGAUCUUUUUUUGGUCUUAUGAAUUAUGCAUUUGAUUAAUUUGCUGAACUUGAUUAUAUAUGGUCCAAGAAAGUAUGCUAGAAUUUUGUGUUUGAUUGCUGAGGUAUAUCAAGAAAUUGAAUAUUAUGAUUUUUUGUUUUUGUCUUGUGAAUUAUGGAAUGUUUAUUUACUCUUUAGCUGCACAAGUUGCUUUCAUGAAAAAGUUUUUGUUUGUUUCAGUUUUACUUACAUUGACACGAAGUAUGGCUCGAUUUUUAUGCGAACAGAAAAUCCCGGGAAAAUUUGUUAGGAAAUAUGGAGAUGAACUUUCUUGUAUUGCUACACUUAUUGUUCCUACUGGUCGUAUCUGGGUAGUGGAACUCGAAAAAGUUAAUAAUAAGUUAUGGUUCCGCAUUGGUUGGCCUGAAUUCGUAGAAUACUACUCUAUUCGUAUUGGAUAUUUCUUAGUCUUCAGAUACGAAGGGCAGUCAACCUUCAACGUUUCUAUAUAUGAUCUCACAGUUUCUGAGAUAAGAUAUCCUUGUAGCGUUCUUGAUCGCUUGCGAGAAUCAUGUCACAGUAAUCCGGGUCUAGUAGCGGAUAAAAAGCAUGUAGUAGAUAAUAGCGUAAAGGAAAUCUCGGGUUCUGUCGAUACAUAUCAUCUGCAUUCCAACUGGGACAUAUCUGGGAAUAGCAGAGACAAGAUGAUUCAAAGAAUGGAACAUGUUCGACAUUCUCGGGACAUAGGUGUACAGUUCAACGAGAAUGACUUUACAUGUACAGAUAAAAAAGUUGAUUCGCCAGUGUCGGGGGAAGUACAGGGAAGAACCCGAAGAAGAAAAAGGAGAAUUGGUGAUCCUAAUGCAGACGUACAAGUGCAAGCAAGCAGAAAAGCAUCAAGUAUGAAAAUUGCUUCCGAAGCUCUUACGAGGAGAUGGAGAGCUGUAACAGCGGAAGAGAAACAAAGAGCACUUCGUGCUUCUGAAAUGUUCAAGCCUAAUAAUCCUUUUUUCAGAAUUGUCUUGAAACCAUCAUAUGUAUAUAGAGGAUUCCUGCUGCAUGUUCCGUCCAGCUUCGCACAAAGGUACUUGACGGUCUCAGGAAGCUUGACAAUUCAGAUUUCUGAUGCAAAACAAUGGUAUGUCAGGUGUAUAUAUCGGGAUAAGAGAGCUAAGUUAAGCAAGGGAUGGACAGAAUUUGCAUGGGAAAAUAAUUUAGAAGAAGGAGAUGUUUGUGUCUUCGAGCUGAUUCAAAUGAAUGUACUAAAAGUAACUAUAUUUCGGGUACUUGAAGUUUCAGCACCCUUCCUUCGAAUUCCAAGUAAAAUCAAGACAGAACUCAACGAUGACGGCGAUAAUUUUUGACCAAAUGUUUUUCAGGUACCUCUUUAUCGACCAUUAUUGUUCUGUUAACUGAUUUUGUUUGCUCAGGUUUAGCCCGAUUGUAAACAAGCUCCGCAUCAUCUUUAGGCUUUAGCUUUUUUAGCUUUCGGUUGUGUUUUUGUUCACCUACUGGCACAAGUUAUUUAAGACUUUGUACAUCAGUAGACAGUAAUUGUACUUGUACAGAGAAUUUUUUUGCUAAGGAUUUACUAGUGGACUGAAAAUGCAAAACUAACA